AUGAACCAGAGCUUAGGGGAGAAUGACGUUAGCCCAGCUAGGAUCUGGUCCAAGGUCACGGUCACUGUAACUGCCAACAGCCAAAACCGGUUCUUUGUUGUUUGGGAUAACUGCCUCAUCUGCUGUAACAGUUCCCUCGAGACCCUGGUCGAAUUGAACUUUGACCUGACUAGCCUUGCCCGCUUGCCUCGCCGUUUCAAUACCUGUAGUACGCAUGUACAGAGUGCUGUACUGCGUGCGUAUAAGUUAAGCCUCGGCGACUCUCGGGUGGGUUUUGGCCCCAGUCCAGUCCAGUCCAGUCGUCGUCAGUCAGUUCAAUGGCUUAUGGGCCCUGUUCCUGGUCUGGCUUCGGGGUUCCUCACAACUCUGAAGCCGCCGGCGUCGGCUGAAAGCUCACCAGAAAGACGCCUCUUCAAGGUCGAGACCCCGGUUGCUGAAGAGCAUGUCCCUGCAAAGAAGACCAAUAGCUGA